CGUCCCUCAUUCGCCCUCGCAUAUUAAAGCAUUGCAACCCCGACAAGCACUUCACAUUUCACAAUCAGAAGAUUUCUACGUUCAGUGAUCCAUUAAGAGAAGAGAGAAAUAUGUCGAGUACUGCUGGAAAGGUUAUACGCUGCAGAGCUGCGGUGGCAUGGGAAGCAGGGAAGCCACUUGUGAUCGAAGAAGUGGAGGUGGCCCCACCACAGGCAAUGGAGGUUCGUUUGAAGAUCCUCUACACCUCACUCUGCCAUACUGAUGUCUACUUCUGGGAGGCCAAGGGACAAAAUCCCCUGUUUCCCCGCAUUUAUGGGCACGAGGCAGGAGGGGUCGUGGAGAGUGUGGGAGAGGGAGUGACGGAUCUCAAACCAGGAGACCAUGUCCUACCUGUGUUCACAGGGGAAUGCAAGGACUGUGACCACUGCAAGUCAGAGGAAAGCAACAUGUGCAGGCUCCUUAGGAUCAACACAGAUAGGGGUGUGAUGAUCGGAGAUGGCCAGUCGAGAUUCUCCAUCAAUGGGAAGCCCAUCUAUCACUUCGUGGGCACUUCCACGUUUAGCGAGUAUACUGUAUGCCAUGUUGGCUCUGUUGCCAAGAUUAACCCUUUGGCUCCUCUUGAUAAAGUUUGUGUUCUAAGCUGUGGAAUCUCAACUGGUCUUGGUGCUACCUUGAAUGUUGCGAAGCCUGCUAAGGGUUCAACAGUAGCAGUCUUUGGAUUAGGAGCUGUAGGCCUUGCUGCUGCGGAAGGAGCCAGGAUCGCCGGAGCUUCAAGGAUUAUCGGUGUUGAUGUGAACCCUAACAGAUUCCAUGAAGCAAAGAAGUUCGGUGUUAAUGAGUUUGUGAACCCAAAAGACCAUGACAAACCUGUUCAAGAGGUCCUUGCUGAGAUGACUAAUGGAGGAGUUGACCGAAGCGUCGAGUGUACCGGAAAUAUUGAUGCCAUGAUCUCUGCAUUUGAAUGUGUUCACGAUGGUUGGGGUGUUGCUGUUCUUGUUGGUGUUCCACACAAGGAAGCUGUAUUCAAGACCCACCCAAUGAACUUACUGAAUGAAAGGACUCUCAAGGGGACCUUCUUUGGGAACUACAAGCCACGUUCGGAUCUCCCUUCUGUUGUAGAAAAAUACAUGAGCAAGGAACUUGAGCUUGAGAAGUUCUUAACUCAUUCAGUCCCAUUCUCAGAUAUCAACAAGGCCUUCGAGUUAAUGCUUAAAGGAGAAGGUAUUCGAUGCAUCAUCAAUAUGGAAGCUUAAAAUGGGUAGGAUGUCAGCAUUUCAAUCUGCUAAUUUGAAGUUCAUGUGAAGUGAAAUGAAAGAUGUCGCUGGUCUGUGGAUAUGCAUAUGCUCUGUCAUGUGUGAACAUUUAAUGUUAUCUUGAUCAAAGAAGAGUGUUUUUUUUUUUUUUUUU